AUGUGUAUUCUUAAAUAUGCACGCUUCCUUCAAGUUAGUAUAAAAGUGAGUAUUGACUUCAGUGGCUUUCACUUUGCACAACACAAUUGUUGUUUUGUUUGGGCAAGUUGUACCCUUGAAGCUGGAGUUAAGAUUUAUUCAAUGAGGGUGGAUUCAGUUCAUUCAGAGGCAUAUAAGGUUCUUGGAGGAAUUAAUCGUGUUGGGCAAGAGGAUGAACAAGAUAAUGUCAUGGAGAAUGCCAAUAUUGAUAAUGAGCAUGACGAAGGCCACUCAAAGAAACAGCAAGAAAGAAAGUUGUCACCUUUGUCCACACUGGAGUCAUCUUUUGAGGCUCUAAAUGUGAAGAAGUUUGAUGAUUCUGAAGAUCCAGCAAAGGAUAAUGGAUUACCAAAGACCAAGAAAGCAAAAAACAGAAAAGCAGAAUCUGACAUUGAGUUGUCAAAUGCCUUGGACACUGAUGCAUCAGAUAUCUUUGCUCCUCCAAAGAACCCCAAGUCCCUAUUCCUGCCAACAAAUAGAGCACCUUGUAACACCAAACUUCCAGAAGACUGCCAUUACCAACCGGAGAAUCUUGUGAAGCUAUUUCUGUUACCUCAUGUUACGUGCAUCAGAAGGAGAGGAAGCAAGACAACAGGUGAGGAUUUCUUCUAUGAAUCUAUAUUAUCCAAUCACAUAAAUUGGACAUUGGGAUGCUCAAAUAUUUAG